AUGCCCCAUGAUGAUUCAAUAAACCAAAUAAAGUAUUCUAACCAACCAAGUCGACAACAUAUACCUGUAAAUAAUCGCAUAGAACAAGAAAAUCAACAUAAUAAUAUAAGCAGCCAACCUGAAGUUUUCUUACCAAAUGGUAUAGCAUCUUUGUCAUCAGACGAUAUUAUUGAAAGUACUAAAGAGAAUUUUACUAAUAAGUCUACCAAUAUAAAUAAUCAACAUGAUAAUAAUAGCAGUGAUAAGGAAAGUACUAAUAACACAGAUUAUGAUAUAGUUUCUGAAAUUGAAAUCGAAACAGAACAUACUUUGUUAGUAAAUACCAAGUCUUCCUCAUCAAAAAAUAAAUUAUUAUCUAAUGAUAGCAAUUUUAAUGAAUCUAUUGAUUUGAAUCGUCAAAUCACAGUUUAUGGUAACAAGGGAGAGUCCUAUACAAAACCAGAAAAUGUGCGAAGAUUGGAUGAUACUACCAUAACAGCAAUAUCUGGUGCACUGGCGGGGUUCCUCUCUGGCAUAAUGGUUUGUCCGCUAGAUGUCACUAAGACAAGAUUACAAGUUCAAGGUUUAGAUGGGGCGGAAAAUCCUUAUUAUAAAGGUGUAGUUGGUACUAUGAAUACUAUUGUUAAGGAUGAGGGCAUUAAAGGCCUCUAUAAAGGGCUAAUUCCAAUCCUGUUAGGCUACUUCCCAACUUGGACCAUUUAUUUCUCUGUCUAUGAAUUCUCAAAAGAUUUUUAUCCAAGAUUAUUUCCUGGUUCAGAUUUCGUUUCACAUUCAUGCUCAGCUAUCACUGCUGGUGCUGUAUCAACCACUUUAACUAAUCCUAUAUGGGUAAUAAAAACGAGAUUGAUGCUACAGUCAAAUCUGGGCCCAUAUUCUACUCAAUAUUACGGGACGAUAGACGCAUUCCGUUGUAUAUGGAAUCAGGAAGGAAUAAGAGCAUUCUAUAGAGGGCUAGUACCGUCUUUAUUAGGACUAUUCCAUGUGGCGAUUCAUUUCCCAGUGUAUGAGAAGUUAAAACUUAAAUUUAAAUGUUACUCUUUGAAAGAUAACAAUGUUAACCGAGGUCACUCCGAAAUACAUUUACCUAACUUGAUAGCAGCGUCUUCUGUAUCAAAAAUGAUAGCUUCCGGUUUAACUUACCCUCACGAAAUUCUGAGAACACGAAUGCAGUUAAAGUCAUCAAAUAACUUUGGUAAGAAGAGAGGAAACUAUGCCAUAGAAGUAGAAAAGAAACUUAUUCCACUUAUUAAAACAACUUAUAGAAAUGAGGGGAUAAGAGGGUUUUAUUCCGGAUUUACUGCUAAUCUUUUAAGAACAGUUCCUGCAUCUGCAAUUACCCUAGUAUCAUUCGAAUAUGUUAGAAAUAAGCUAUCUGCAUUUUAUUUUUAA